AUGUUACGUAGCGACGUCUGGCUCAGAUAUUUCUUCAACUCAAGAUCCGCUACCCAAGUCGACUAUUGAAGUGUUGAUGCGAGAGUAGACACGUUUUAUUCACAUUUCGUUGUUUUCGGAUUAUAAACGUUAUGUUUGAACAUCAUCGCGGAUGUGUGUAAAAUCGGCUGGACAAGUAGUCACAUCAUUUAUCCGGUUUUCUACUCAAGGAAUGUUUUUUAUUUUAUUCUUCUUUUCAGCAACUCGAAGUGUUUUUCUUUUCCAGUAGGGCUGUUCAAGUAAGCCAGUUGGCUUUUAGGCUAUUUCUCAUAUAGCCUAGUUUUCCUAUGCAGGGAUAAGCCUUUCGUUUUCCGUGUGCUUUUCUUACGUCUUCCGGGGGAUUGUGAUUGUGGCAACUAUUUAGUCUGUAGAUUUCAUGUAACUGUCUUCGAGCUCAGCCCUGCGGGUUUUUGUACUGGGAUAAGAGUGACUAAAAAGUUAGGCUACUUGUCGUAAAUGGAUCGCCAUUACAGUCUCAUUUCCAUUUGGCUACAACUGGAACUCUGUGCCAUGGCUGUUCUUCUUACUAAAGGUAAACUUUGAUCCCUUAAAACAUGCCUUUAUGUUCUCUUUGCCUUUUUCCUGACCAAAGGAAAAAGUUCAAAAAGUGGUGAAUGCGAGAAAACGGGGUCAGAAUCUCCAAAGGCCUUAUCAUUGCUUUCUUAUCCGUUUCCAAUUGCGCAACGUUGAAGAAGCCAAAUUAUUAAACAACAAUGUUUUGUCAACAAAAUGAUUUUCUCUUCUUUCUUUACUUUCCGAACUUUGAUCUUUCCUAUAAUAAAGAAUAAUUAAAAAAAUAAAUACAAUAUCCGCGCAUCCCAGUGGCAUGCUUUGGAUAUCAACUUCUAGUUGUUUAAUCUACUAUAUUUUCCAACACAGGAGAGGUGCCAUAACAAUGUUAUAACUAAGAAAAACGUAACUUUCUAUACAGUAGGUGGUCUGUGUUUUCCCCCCACGAGUUCCUAUAGCAAGGCCUCCAUAAUGGUGAAAUUGGCACUAAACAGACUGAAUGGCCCUAAUGUUUCUCAUAGUUCUCGCGCUAGUGCACAUAAAUCUGAUAUAUGUGAUAUUAUGUAGCCUAUAGGCUAUAGCGUUUAAUGUAAAUAAUUAAACUCGAGUCUCCAAAGUAGAAACCAAAGCCCUGUAGCUACUAGGCUACGUAUGAUUGGCUCCUAUGUAUAAAGCAUUUGGCAAUUACGAGACCAUAUUAAUUAGUUUGUUGCCAUAAUGCCAUUAUAAUGUGUUUAGGUCCCUGUCAAUGGUCAGCUCAUGAUUAAUACGAUGAUAGCAUGUAACUGGAGACUGGAAGUACACAAAAACAGCGUGUAACAACAUACAACGGCCUGUGUUUAUUUGUGUGUUUUUGUGUUUGUUGCUGUCUUGUAACAAUGUUAAUUAGCCUUUAACUAAUAAAGUUAUCGAUUUAUAUUAAAUUAUAACAGGUUGAUACAAACAGCCUGUGCCAUAUUUAACUUGUUGAACUCCAUUAAUUUAUUUUCAGUAAAAAUAUAUAUAUAUAUUUUAAAACAUCUGACUAUAAGUGAAACCGUAUUCGUAGCAUUUGCUGCGCGUUCUUGAAAUUUAUUAAUUUGUAUUUUUUUGCAAAAAAAAUGAAUCAUUAUAAGGUUGUUUGGUGGAAGCUUUUGAGAUGAGAAGCCGUGAGAGCUCAGUGCACCCAGCCCAUCCUGACCACACUAAAGCUUGCGUGAAAACUGAAAAAGGAGACUCCUGCGCCGCUCUCUCACCCCCCUUUACGAGUUUCCAUUUGGGUUUAAAUAAAUUGACUUUGGCAAACAAACCACUAAUUAUAAGAUAGACGGUUCAUGUUUUGUAAUAGGGACUAAAAUGACCCUUUUGCACGGAAAGCUCUUAACCUCGGCUUAUUUACUGUAUUUCAUUUUAACACAUCUACUCUGUCUUUCAGGGUUUACCUUGUCAUUUACAUGCGUUUUGCCAAUGUCAGUUCAGAUCCGACUAGGCAGUCUUUAAAAUACACAAGUAGUCUGGUUUCCGAUUCAAAUCUCGAAAUAGCGAGUUGAGAUCAUUAUUUGGUUGUUAAAAGUAAAGUAGAUAUGCUAUUGGCUUUAUUUUAUUAUUGGAUAUAACAGCCAUGUGUGUGACUAUAUCAUACGUCCAUCUGAGAAGUAUAUAAAAUGUCACAAAUUUUACUACGAAACGCAAGACUUCUCCCCUGUUGGAAUACGUUUUGAUUUCCAAAACUGCUGCCCAGUUAGAAAAGGCAGGCCUAGUCCGCGGAAAAUGUUUUAACACACAAACAAUUGCAUUGAGACAUUAUUACUAGAUAAUAAAAUGCAGAAUGUGUCGUCAGUUAUUCUUGAAAUGUUGGAGAAUAGGCUACCAUUUAGCCUUCAACACUUCAUAAACUAAUCAAGUAGGCCCAUGCCUAACACGUCGUAUUUAUGUUCUUUUUUUUCUUUUAGGAGAAAUACGGUGUUACUGUGAUGCCCCUCACUGCGUGGCCACCGGCUACAUGUGUAAAUCUGAUCUAAACGCCUGUUUCACCAAGGUACUGGACCCUAUGAACACGAACUCUCCCCUCACGCAUGGGUGUCUAGAUCCCAUAGCGAACGCUGCCGACAUGUGCAGCGCUAAGAACACAGAUGCCCUGAGUGGGGGCUCGUCUAUGCUAGAGUGCUGUCACGAAGACAUGUGCAACUACAGAGGCCUUCACGACCUGGCUCACACCAGAGAAUCAACAGGUAAGAAAGGAGAGAGAAUCGAAACUUUAAAUUGAUCUAAUGUGGCUCUGACUGUAAACCAUAUGGGUGCUGAAGUUAUUAUUUUCUAUUCUAUAAGGUGUAUAAUGUGUGACAGACAGAGUAACACAACUGACGAUUUGUAGUGUAGCAUAUUCAGGUUGUCUCCCUGUAAUAUUCUGAAAUGGUGUUUAGAUGUACCAUAGCCCUAUACUGUUACUGUAUCAACCACAGAGGUUAGUUUAAUGGUCUACUGUAAUGACAUGCCAUCCAUACAUCUUUUUCUAAUUCCAACCUUUACACAACUUCAGUUAGAUUUUAAUGGGUUGCAGCACAGCGGCAAAGAGAGGAGGGGGGGGGGGGCAACCAGUUUACCUUAAGAACUUGGAUGCAGAUCAGAUAUUUUUUUUUGCAUGUGCACCAUGUAAUUUCUCCACUGAGUAGGAAUGUGCCUUGUAGAAUAUGCUUUCACAGGCUGCAUGUAGGAGGGCAUAAAUAGUAGCAUCAUUGAGUUAUGAAAAAGUGCAUAGUCUUACAGAGAGGAGGGGAGAGCUCUCAAGUAGGGAUUUUUGUUAUGACUCAGUCCAGGGGAGUUUAGCUAGUUUAUUAGCUGAAAUUAAUUUAUUUUGGCUCAUAUUUUUGGGAUAAGGCUCGGCGACUCAUUGCAUUUCCCUUCUGAAAGCAGAAGACAAGUUUCCACUGGACAUCAGUGUACGUUGGACAAUAAAAUAACCUACCUUUCCUCGUCUCCUCCUCCAGACCACGGCAGGUACCAGGCUGACAGCAACAACCGUCACCUGGUCACGCGGGUACAGGAGCUGGCCUCGGCCAAAGAGGUUUGGUUCAGGGCGGCGGUGAUCGCGGUGCCCAUUGCUGGAGGCCUCAUCCUGGUCCUUCUCAUCAUGCUGGCGUUACGGAUGCUCCGCAGCGAGAACAAGCGGCUGCAGGACCAGAGGCAGCAGAUGCUGUCGCGGCUCCACUACAGUUUCCACGGUCACCACACCAAGAAGGGUCACGUGGCGAAGCUAGACCUGGAGUGUAUGGUGCCCGUAACGGGCCACGAGAACUGCUGCCUCACCUGUGACAAGAUGAGACAGGCAGACCUGGGGAACGACAAGAUACUGUCUCUGGUACACUGGGGGAUGUACAGUGGGCAUGGGAAGCUGGAGUUUGUAUGACUUACUUUUCUAAGUUUGUUUGACUUGACUUAAUGUCCCCCCCACCCGGCCAAAAAACAGCCAAGACUGCCUCCUCUACUCGUUGGGUUUUCUCUUUUAACUUUAAAAAUGAAUCCCCCUUUUUGUCUAUUUUACUUAACAGUUUUUUUUUUUUCAAUGGAGGAAAAAAAGAGGACUGAGCGCAAGCCUUGUGGUUUUUGCUAAAGGAGCACUUUACUUGAAAAUGAAAGGCAAACCAACGAGGAGCUGUAUUUAAACUUGAGAGGACAGGACUGACCGACAGACUGAGAGAGCUCUGUCAAGACCCUGUCUGCGUGUGGAACCUGGACUUUACACUGAGCGCUGAAGGAUUCCAAAUCUGUCUUAUUUGCACAUUUGUAAAAAAGUAAAAUAAGUUGUUUUGCUUAAAAAGAAGCUAAAUAGAAGAAUACUUUUACACUGACACCAGGGUACAAACAUUACUUUUUGAGGAGUAAAACAAAACAAAAAAGUUAAAUAAUUCAGUGUUGACUGUAGGUGUGCACACUCCUCCUCUGUGUACGUUUCUUGAUCCAAGCUUAUUGUAAAGAUUUUAAAUAUAUAUAUUUUUGUCUGAAAGAAAGACCCUGUCC